AUGUUGAGCAACCAAAAACACCAACCGCCCAUAGUCUCUCAGAAUUUAACUAACCACCACUACACUCCCAACUAUUUGCAAUUCCACAACAAUCUCUGCAACACCCAUCACACCUCGUCUUCCUCACUCGAGUCAGAUGAUUUAGACGAUGAUGAUGACGACGACGAUGACGAUGACGAUGGUGAUGACGUAAAAAAUAUAAGCAAUGACGUCAUCGAAGCUGAUAGCGACGACGACGACGACGACAGCGUCGAAAUUGACGUAGAGGAAAAUGAUGAUGAGGAAAUGGAGAUUGAAAGCAGCCCAGCACACCCAUCCCUGCUCAGCACUCAUCCGCCCAACAAUCCGCAACAAUCUUCUUUCUCGUCUUCUAUCACUCACAACAACAUCAUCAACAACAGCAACAACGCAUACAACAACAACAACAACGUAUACAACAACAACAACGACAACAUAUACAACAACAACUUCAGCUACGGUAUCAGCUACGGUAUUAGCAACGGCAUCAGCAACAACCCGGCCAAAUUUGCAUCUGCAAUUACCCACCAAAGUGCCAACAGUCACAUAUACACAAACGCCAACAUGAACAACGGCAACAACAACAACAUCACUUACAACAACCUCAUCAUCAACAGCAGCAGCAGCCUAAUCUCUACAAACUCAGUCCAACCUACGGUUAAACUAAUAAACGAUCAGGAUGUGGACAUAUACUCCCGAUGCCCUCGUCAGAAACAUCGCCGCGUAAGCGUUCCCACCAGCAUUCCCUAUCUCUAUCUCUCCAGUCAUCACAACAACAUCAAGCCGUCCAGGAUAUCAUCUCCAUCGUCAUCAUCAUCUGUUGGGAAGCUGAAAACACGGAGGUUCUCCUUAGUGAGCAGUGCCUACAAUCCGGAUUCACCAAUCCAUUCAAGCGUCUUCUCGAGAAAGCUAUCACGUUCUUUUCACAAGUGUUACAAAAACAACUGCGAAUGUUCUGACGCUAAACAUUGUGGUUAUCCAUUUAAUUUAACCAAUGUUUAUCAGCCCCUUCAAAGCGGGUUGUUGAAACUGAAUUGUGCUAACACAGCAACUAACAGUUGCAGAAAUUCUCCAAUGUUUGGGAUUGGUUCUGGCUCGCUGAACGCCUCAGAAAAUGCUCAUACAAACAGUUUAAAUCUGAGUUACGAUAACAACCGCAACAACAUCAGCAGUACCACUUGCCCUGUUAAUGUCAUGAAUCUUAACCAAAUUAUUUGA